AUGUCAUACUAUAUUACCGUCCACAGUGGCUACGUGCAAGAAAACCAUGAGAGCAAAUGGGUCAACAUCCGCUUUAAAUUCAGGGAAAAUUUUCUUAUUCGAACUGAAGGGGCAUUGAUAACCUAUAUGAUUCAACGCAUUCGUGAGCGAAAAUUCGUUAUCAGCGAUGAACCCUGGGACCGGACAAGAAGAUGGUGUAUCUCAAUCCCAAUCUCCAGAGAGCAUGAAAGCAUAGACACGGCUGCUGCAGAUGCCCAACAACUCGUACAAUGGUAUAGAGCCCAGAUUCUGGAGGGAAACGCUUCUAUCAAUCUCGACCUGUUGUUCGAUUAUAAGCCCUACUAUGUAGGAAAGGACUGCUGCACAGGCAAUGUCUGUGAAAGGAUGCUGUAUCCAGAACUCUAUAAGAACCAGGAUGAGGAGGCUUCUGAUACUGAUGACUUAGAUCGAACAAUUUCGUAG